AUGUCGAUGCAUGUUUCUUCUAAUAGCUUUUUGUUGGUGUGCAGAGAUAUGACUCGAAGAAACGAUCGAGAAAUUAUUGAUGAUUUGGAGUCAGUAGCUCAAGCAUUGCAGGGUCAGCAGAAUCACCAAGGUGCUAAUGAUGAAUUAUAUGGUCUAGAAAAAUUCAAAGAAACAAUCUUCCGACUUUCAAGGGCAUAUAUGAUCCGGAGGUUCGAUACUCACAUGUUGUCAGAAGAGGGCGAAGACUGGUGGGAUAAUGCACGUCAGAGACUGGAGGCUCUUGAUACUGAAAUUACUUGGGUUGUGUUCGGAGCUUAUUUCCUAGAGAAUUACUUUCCUGAGGAUGUGCGCAGUAAGAAGGAAGUUAAGUUCCUCGAGCUAAAGCAAUGGAAUAUGUCAGUUGUUGAGUAUGCUACUAAGUUCAAAGAAAUGGGUAUUGGGUACCAAGAGAUUCACCAAUUUCCUAUGUUGGUAAAUAAGUGUAAGAUAUAUAAUGACGAGAGCAUGGAUCGUUCUGCUCACUAUAAGAGUCUUAGUGAAAGGAAAGGGAAGAAAUGGUAUCGUAUGAAAUUGUAUAGUGCUCCAGCUGAAAAAGGGAAGCAGAGGGUUUUAGAUGAGAAAAGACCAACUAGGGGAGAGACUCAUAUUGCAAGAGUGAUGGGUCGAAUUGUUAUAACUGCGGCGAAUAGGGUCAUAUUAGUACUGGCUAUCAGAAACCAAAGAAGUAUUUCGUUGAUUGCUAUCAUUGACACGAGUGCAGUGUAUUCCUUUAUUUUGUUUGAUUGUGCUGAGAGGCUGGGUUUGAAAUUAUAUGUUAUGGGUGGGAGUAUGGUUAUUAAUACCCCGACUAAUGGUUCAGUGACUACUUCGUGGGUGUGUUUGAAUUGUCCCCUGACUAUUUAUGGUAAGAGUUUUGGGAUGGACUUAGUAUGUCUUCCAUUGAAUCAAAUCGAUGUUAUCCUUGGAAUGAACUGGUUGGAGUUCAACCAUGUUCAAAUCAACUGUUUCGACAAGUCAUUAUCAUUUCCAAAGUUUGAUGCAAGUGAUGAGUUGUUCGUAUCCGCCAAGCAAGUGGAUGAGUUCAUGAAAGAUGAUGUUGAGGUGUUUAUGAUAAUAGCUUCUAUGAAUGCUGGAAAUAAAGUUGGGAUUGAUUAA